AUGAGACCGAUCCUUCUGCUCUCUGGUGAUCGGGCCAACUUCACCACCCUUACUCUUGACCUUGACAGAAAGGAGUUGAGCGUUGCUGCCAAUUAUCCAGGUCCCUACAAUGUCUCCUGGGUUGAGCCCUCAUCUUCGCAAGGGGACCUUGAUCGUCUGGUUGGACUGUCCGAGGGCUUAGAAACCGGUCUCUUAUACACCUUUGAAAUCGACCAAACGCAGAAGACUUGCAAGAUCACCAGCCAGCAGCCAACACUGGGAGCACCUGCUCACUUCAUCACGCUACAGGACAAGUCUGCAUUGGCUCUGGGCACCUAUCUGGGAGGCUCUGUUGCCCUCUACCCCCUCUCCAUUACCGACAGGGAGGGACUUCUGCUCACAGAUGCUUCUCGAACGGAGAUUUUCCCCCCAUUCGCUUACAAGUCGGUUGGGCACGGCCCGAACGAAGGUCGACAGCGACAAUGCCACGUACACCAGAUACUCGAAGACAAACGUGGUCUUCUGUACGCCCCAGACUUGGGAUCUGACCGCGUGUGGAUCUUUCAGCGUGACAGGAUGAAUUUGGAACCCCGAUGGUAUAUAAGUCUUUCUACCCAACUUCUUCCUACAAGACUCGAACUCAUGGAGCCUACAGAGACCAUAAUGUACGUCAUUGGGGAGCUCUCACACACGGUUCUCGCCUUUGACUUGCCAAAUUCCCCUGCAGAGGACAUCCAGCCCAUCGGUGGCUUUGCAGCCAACAUCAUUCCACCAAGUGUUCACCCCGAGCAUCAGUUCAUGAUGGACUCCAGCGAGCUUUGUCUUCACCCCCACAUCCCGAAUGUGUUGUAUGUCAGCAACAGGUGGGAAAGGCACAUUGCACGGCGUGAACCUCAUCUCAAGAACGCCCCCAAGGAGCUUCCGGCAGGAGAUGCUAUUGCCAUCCUACUUCUCUCGAAUGAUGGCAAAAAGGUGGAAGACAUGAAAUUUGUGCGCACCAAUGUUGAUGUCAUCCGCGGCAUGCGACUCAGCGACGACGGCCAGCACGUCGUGGUAUGUGGACAGGAAGGCGGUGGGAUUGAGAUCUACGGCAUCAGUGGAAAGAGAGGCGAUAUGUGGACUUUGGUGACCAGAUUGGAUGAGGGCUUAGAAAGUGGAAUCAAGCAUGCCAUCUGGCUAUAG